GCACCUGUACAGGCAGCUAAACGUGCCUGCUUGGGUCCUUUUCGUCUCUGCAGAGGCUGAGUAGUAGAGGCUUGUCAGAAAACAUGCCGACUGUCGGGGUAAAAAGAGAUCUUCUCUUUAAAGCGUUGGGAAAGACGUAUACUGAUGAGGAGUUUGACGAACUGUGUUUUGAAUUUGGACUGGAGCUGGAUGAAAUUACCUCAGAGAAGGAGAUCAUUAGUCGUGAGCAAGGUGAUGUAAAGGCAGCAGGAGCAUCUGAUGUUGUCCUUUACAAGAUCGAUGUACCAGCAAACCGUUAUGACCUUCUUUGUUUGGAAGGUUUGGUCCGUGGACUGCAGGUCUUCAAAAAUAAGUUGGAGGCACCACGGUAUAAACGUAUCAGCCCCAUCAGUGGGGAGCCUCAGAAGUUAGUCAUCACCAAGGAGACAGCGACUGUGCGUCCCUAUGCUGUGGCAGCAGUUUUGAGAAACAUCACAUUUACACAGGAGCGCUAUGAAAGCUUCAUUGAGCUGCAGGACAAACUUCAUCAGAACAUCUGCAGAAAAAGAAGCCUGGUGGCGAUCGGGACUCAUGACCUGAACACAAUCUCAGGUCCUUUCACAUACACUGCGAAACCACCCGGAGAAAUCAGCUUCAGGCCCCUCAACCAGGAAAAAGAAUACACAGCCACCCAACUAAUGAGCAUCUACAAGACCGACAGCCACCUGAGACAUUACCUUCAUAUUAUUGAAGACAAGCCUGUGUACCCCGUUAUUUACGACAGCAAUGGUAUUGUCUUGUCUAUGCCUCCCAUCAUCAAUGGGGAUCACUCCAAAAUUACCCUGAAGACAAAGAAUGUCUUUAUUGAGUGCACAGCCACAGACCUGACCAAGGCAAAAGUUGUGUUGGACAUGAUGGUGACCAUGUUCAGCGAGUAUUGUUCAGAGCCUUUCACUGUAGAAGAAGCUGAAGUGGUGAAUGCUGAUGGCACGACUUGCAAAUAUCCAGAACUGGCGUACAGGAAGGAGAAGCUGUCUGGCAAGUUUGUCAAUCAAAAAGUUGGCAUCAACGAGUCAACAGAGAAGAUUGCUCAGCUGCUAACUCGGAUGUGCCUGCGCUCCCAGGCUACAGGUGUUGGUGAUGAAAUAGAGGUUGAGAUCCCACCCACCCGCUCAGAUGUCAUCCAUGCCUGUGAUAUCAUGGAGGAUGCUGCAAUGGCAUUUGGCUUUAACAACAUCACUCGUACAACACCACAUACCUACACCAUAGCCAACCAAUUUCCACUGAAUAAGCUGACAGAGCUGUUGAGAUACGACCUUGCAGCUGCUGGUUUCACAGAAGCCCUCAACUUUGCUCUGUGCUCCCAAGAAGACAUAGCAGACAAGCUUGGUAAAAAGAUCUCUGAUACCAGGGCAAUUCACAUCUCCAAUCCCAAGACCGCAGAGUUCCAGGUGGGACGUACCACCUUGCUGCCAGGCCUGUUGAAAACAAUUGCAGCAAACAGAAUGAUGCCCCUCCCCCUCAAGCUGUUUGAGAUAUCUGAUGUUGUGCUGAAGGAUGAGACCAAAGAUGUUGGUGCGAGGAACAGCCGACAUAUUGGUGCUGUGUACUACAACAAGAGUCCAGGCUUCGAAGUGAUCCAUGGCCUGCUGGAUCGUACCAUGCAACUGCUUUCAGUAAAACCCGCCAAGGGAGAGGGCUACCACAUUCAGGCUGCAGACGAUACCACUUUCUUUCCUGGACGCUGUGCAGAGAUCUUUUUCCAUGGAAAAAGCAUUGGACAUCUCGGGGUCCUCCAUCCACAUGUCAUUAACAGCUUCGAGCUGACCAUGCCCUGCUCCGCCCUUGAGAUGGAUAUCGAGCCUUUUCUUGGCCACACAGCUGAAAUCCCCAUCACGCAUGAGGUUCCCAUGCAGGAAGUCGUCAUACAGAAGUUCACCACACACGCUACCACCUCCUCAAAAACAGUGUUUGGAGACUUGAGCACACCCGAGGGUCUCAAUGCCCUCAAUGGUUUCCUGAUGGACAAAAGCUACAUCGAAGGCUUUGUACCCUCUCAGGCUGACACAGCCAUCUUUGAUGCCAUCACAACUGCUCCCCCACCAACUUUCUGCCAUCUGCUGCGCUGGUACACUCACAUUAAAUCCUUCCACAGGGAAUGAACUGACCUCCCUGUCGUCAACAAGCAGUUUGUGCCGCCAGAUACUCCUCCCACCUCUACUGAGAAUGACGAAGACAUAGACCUGUUUGGCUCAGCCAAUAACAGUGACAGCCCAGAGACAGCCAAAAUCAAAGCACAGCAUCUCGCCGAGUACGCAGCCAAGAAAUCCAAGCAAUCACCACUCUUUGCCAAAUCUUGACGUCAAUCACUGGGAUGAGGAGA